UGGCUGCAGUCGACCACCCGCACACUCCAGCUCAUGGGCGCCACACCCGAGACGUGGGUGGGUCACCUCUCAACGCGCCUGCGUGGCGGUUCUUUCGAGGCCUGGGAGGAUUUCUAUGCCUACUCCCUUUGUGAGGGUCGUACUCCAACCUUCGUGGAUUUCCAGGCGUUCCUCGAGGAUCGCUUCGGAGCCCGAUACAACGUGACUGACGCCUUCGAGCGUGUCGUCACUACACGCUGGUCCGGCUCUGGUGGCGCUGCCGGCCUGGAUCGCCACAUCCAGGUCUUUCAGGACGCCCGCCUUGUUUGCGACGCGGCGUUCCUCCCCGAGGCUGCCCUUAUCGAUCGUUUCUUGGUCAGCCUUCCGCUCGAGUACCGCUCCGAGCUAUGGCGGUACGAGUUCACAUCGGCCCCACAGGCUUACGAGGCCGCGAGGGACGACCAACGGAUGCAAGCUCGUCUUCACCCCGCCUCCUCCUCCCAGCCCCAGCACACGGGCUACGCCUCCUCCUCCUCUCACGGCACUUCCCAGCGUCGUUCCCCUUUCCGCGGUCGCCCCCGCCGUUCCACGCAGCAGGGCCGCCACUUCUCGCGCCGCUUCAGCACGCUGGAGUAUGUUCCCCCCCGGCACCUCACGUCCCCGCGGCGCCUCCUAGCCACGGUGCAGUGUACACCUGCGCCCUCCUCAGUAGUGGGCUUCCCGACAUCUCCGUCGCAGUUCGCCCCGCUCGCUACUGGAGUUGAGGUAUCGCAGGACUCGACAGAGUGUACUCCGCCCUCUGUCGCAGUAUUGUCUGCGCCUCCGCAGACCACCGUCUCCCCUCCUUCCCCGCCGCGACUACCGACGCGUCGAGCCAUUCGCUCAGCCCGUUGCAGCGUGCAGCUUGCUACUCGCAAGGACGUUGUGUCCUCUCUGCUGGACUUGAGCAUGCUCCAGGCUCGUCAGGAGCGACUCACCCUCCAUGUCGCUACACUGCGUCGCCUUCUCGCCAUCCUCUCURACCCUGAUCGCACCCUCCCGAUCAUCCCCGUACGACUCGGGACUUCCACGAGGGUGUACUCAGCGCUGUGGGAUUCCGGUUCUCAGGGUGACUUCAUUCACCCACGCGUGGUGAAGGAAGCCCGCUUACCCACGACAGGGUCUCCGACUCCCAUCUCCGUUACCCUAGGGGAUAACAAGACCCAGCGCUUCUUCGAUCAGACGGUCACCGACCUCCCCUUCUUCCUCACUCUCGAGCCGACUGAGCGUUCCCCGGCGUCUCGUCGCCACCGCUCCUCUGCACAUUUCGAUGUGAUGGAGAYGGGGUACGACUUCAUUCUCGGCACUCCGUDGUCUCGUCGDUUCCGCAGCACCGAGGCCGAUUGGGCGACCAACACUCUCGUUCUCAAAACGAAGUGUGGACAGACGUAUCGCGUACCUUUCAUAGGUACCACGACGACACCACGCCCCUAUCCUCCUCCCCCGGAGCCUUCAGUGCCCACACCAUCUCCCUCUAUCACUGUCACCUCGCCUCGGCAGUUCGCUCACUUCAUUCGACAGGACGACGUCACCUUCUUUAUGGUGGACGUGACGGAUUUCUUACACUAUGAUCUAUCCUGUCCCGACGCCGAGCUCAUCCCUCUGGACCCAGAUCCCCCCUCUAUCUUCAUGGCUCCCAUCUCUACUUCCGUCCCUCCGCCGUCCGCCGAGGAACUCGCACGAUAUACGGCUGACUUGGAGCCCGCAGUUCGUGACCUCAUCCGAGAGUACCACGACGUUUUUCCAUCAUCGUUCUCGUACGCCGGCAUCCCACCGAUGUGUGACGUCGAGCACUCCAUUCAGCUCGUGCCUGACUAUCGUGUUCACCACCAGGCACCCUACAGACUCUCGAUCCCCGAGACCACUGAACUCAAACGUCAGCUUGAGGAGCUCCUGAUACUGGGUUUCAUUAAACCCAGCAACUCCCCGUGUAGUGCAACCGUCCUCUUUGCUCGCAAAGAGGAUGGAACUCUUCGUCUCUGCAUCGACUACCGCGGCCUCAACCGCUACACGGUUAAGAACAGCUACCCCAUGCCUCGUUCCGAUAAGCUGUUCGACCGCCUAGCAGGCAACCGCUUCUUUACGAAGAUUGAUCUUCGUACCGGUUACCAUCAGAUCCGCGUCGUUGCAGCCGACCAACCGAAGAUAGCAUUCCAAUCGCGAUUCGGCCACUACGAGUUCACGGUGAUGCCAUUCGGCCUCACCAACGCACCCGCUACCUUCCAGAGGGCGACGAACGACAUCUUCAGGGACAUCCUGGAGCAGUACGUUCUCGUCUACCUCGACGAUAUCCUGGUCUAUAGUUGUACCCUUGAGGAGCACCUCAGACACCUCCGCGACGUCCUUGAUCGCUUGCGCAGACAUGGCUUCUACGCCAAGCUAAGCAAGUGCCGCUUUGCCCAGCACAAAGUGGAUUUCUUAGGACACUACGUGUCUGACCAGGGUCUCCACAUGGACGACGCGAAGAUCACUGCUAUUGCGGAGUGACCCGCUCCCACAUUCGCCAAGCAGCUUCGCAGCUUCCUAGGCUUGACCAGCUACUAUAGUAACUUCAUCCGGGGAUAUGCUAGGUAUUCC